AUAUCCAGAGGGAGGAGUUGUUCUGAAGCUGAUGUACUGGACCAAUGCCCAGGGAGGAUUUGAGGGAGCUUGAGCUACAAGAAAAAAGGCAGUGGGUCUCCAGAUUCCUGUAGCCAUGCUGCACUUGCUGUUCAGGUGGACUCUGCCCUGGGCCAUGCUCCUGCUACUACUAGGUUCCCAGCUCCUGGUGACUCCUGGGUCAAGAUCUGAAGAGGAAGCAGAGAAUAAAUACCAAAAUGCCAUGCGAAGCUACUUCCUUGGUACAGUGGAAUAUGCCUUACAUAUAUUCAACUUGCAAAGCAAUGACACAAGGGCCUACAGGCUGGUGCGCAUCCUGAAUUCCAGGAGGGAGCUGUCACUGGAGAAGAACACAAUGGCGUUCUCCAUGGAGCUGCAGCUUAGAAGAACAAGAUGUGGAAAAUUUGAUGAUGACAUUGACAACUGUCCCUUUCAAGAAAGUUCAGGGCAGAACAAUAUCAUCACCUGCUUCUUCAUCAUCAGCACUGAGCCCUGGAAAACAGAGUUUGAACUCUGGAACAAGACCUGCUUGGAGGGGCACCUGCAUGGCUCAGUUGGCUAAGCAUCUGCCUUAGUCUCUGGUCAUGAUCCCAGAGUCCUGGAUCAAGCACUAUGUUGGGCUCCCUGAUCAGCAGGGAGUCUGCUUCUCCCUCUCUUUCUGCCUGCUGCUCCCCCUGCCUGUGCUCUCUCUGUGUCAAAAAAAAAAAAAAAUACUUAAAAAAUAUGAAAAAGACUUGCUUGGAUGGCACCCACUGAUGAGAUAUCAACACACCUGGCUCUGGCUGUUCUUCUGAACACUAGUGAUGUCCUGUAGGUAUCCCUUCAGUGGCUGAUCAGCUCCAAGGUAUGUUCUCUUUAUUUGUAAGUAUUUGGUGUUUCAUCUGGGCAUUGUGAAAAUUCUUCCUGCUCCUUUUCUUCAUGUAAAAAAGAUCAUUAAACAUUAGCAUUUCAAGAAA